CAUGCCCAGACCUCCCAUACGAAAGGUCAGUCUUUUGUCUCGAUAAGGAAUAGACAUACUCAUGAUACUGGUUUUACUGAUUAAGUUACAGAAAACAUUCAAACUUUAAACAUUUUUAUGAAAUGGAAACCCUAUCAUUUGCCAAUCUCUUACCAAUAUUAUAUAUACAAGACACAGAAAAGAUACUGCAUGGGAUAUGACAGUGGUGGACAGGAUGAUUUUUUUGCAGUUUAAUCUAAUGCUAUGCAAGUUGGUUUUUUUUUCGACUUGACUUUGGUACAAAUCAACAUACAAAAAGUUUUGUACACAUAAAAAAAUUCCUUCAUUUUUGUGUUGCAGAUAAUUCAUUUUUAUCCGGUUUUGGGCAAUAUUUUAUCAGGUCCUUCCAGACUGGGAUAUUCAUUUUCAAAAUCCUCCUACCCCCCACUUUUUUCCCACCCAAGAAAAUCAAUUGGUUGUCCCUUAAGAUGGUGAUGAUCCUUGUAAUCUAGUAUUACUGCAAACCAGGGAUCAAUGCAAAUAUUAAUGUUAUCAUUUACACCUGUAAUAUGAUCAUGUUUUAUAUUAAAAUUGAAAAAUCUCAACACAUUCUAUCUCUUAAUAGAUAUAAGAAGAUAUGGUACGUAUGAGUGCCAAUAAGACAACUCUCCAUCCACUUCACAAUUUAUAAAAGUAAACCAUUAUAGGUCAAAGUACGGUCUUCAACACAGAGCCUUGGCUCACACCGCACAGCAAGCUAUAAUAAAUGGCCCCAAAAAUUACUAACUGUAAAACCAUUCAAACAGGAAAAUCUAUAUAAAAAACGGGAAACGGGAAACAUUUAUGAACCACAUCAACAAACAACAACUACUGAACAUCAAGGCCAUUUACUUUAUUUAUCUUGUUUUUAAAAGUGGAGACACGAAAGUAUUGUUCAGUUAGAAAUCAUGGGCUUAUUGAUAUCAUUUAUAAUACUCUUCUCUCUUGUUCUUUGGACUAACGCGGGUGGUGUUAAAAAGGUGCUGCUGUUUGGUGGAAAUGGUCUUAUUGGUGCAGCCAGCGUAAAUAAAAUGCUAGAAAAUGGACACGAUUUGACUUUGGUUACCAGAGGAAACUGGUACUGGGACACUGACGAUACUAUCAAGCCACGGAUAAAGCAUUUGAAAUGUGAUCGAAUGAAAAGUUUAAUGGAUUGCUGGAGUGCAGAACAGUAUGAUUUUUAUGAUGCAAUUGUAGAUUUCAGUGGUUUUGAUCCGUAUAUGAUCAAGGAUACAUUGAAACUUCUGCAAGGACGAGUAGGGCGUUAUAUCUACAUCAGUUCUGACUCUGUAUACGAGGUCUGCACGAAAAACCAUACUCGGCCAACGGUAGAGACCGAUUCUGUACGACCGGGUGAUAUACCAGAGCAGGAGAUUUUGAACAAGAAAGAUGAUUACGGACAUCGGAAAUUUUCAGGGGAAGAGGUUUUGGUAGAACAGAGAAAGCAAGGUGGGAUGCCAUACUUCUUCAUCAGAUUGCCGGAUGUUAUUGGAUCACGUGAUAACACGUACCGUUGGUGGAUAUACCAGGCUUGGUUGCGAUUAUCACCAUACUUAGAGACAGAAAUAUCUAUUCCGAAAAAUCUUGUUAACUUUCCGAUGAGCUUCGUUUAUGUUGAAGACGUUGCAAAAAUUGUAUCACAAAGUUUGAAUUAUGACAAAGACCUUUUAGACGAAGCAUACAACUUUGCUUUUGAUGAGACGCCAACGCUGCCAGAAGUUCUUGAAAUGAUGAAAAAAUAUAUGGAAAAGCAAGAUAUUGAUAUUCAAGUGUCUGACAAUGAAGAUGUUGUUCACUUAUUUCCGUCCGUUACAAGAGGUCCAAUAUGCUGUGAAAAAGCAAAGCAUAAACUUGGUUUUAAGCCCACGUCUUUCGUUCGAACAGGCUGAAAAGGAAA